AAAGCGGCUGUCCACGGGUCCCUAAGCUCUUUUAGCGAAAGCACACCGAGUGUUUGUGAGUUUAGGUUUUCUCGUCGGUGACCGGAAUGAUUUCAGCACCGCGGACAGCGACGGACCGAACAAAACUCCCGUACUGUCACGAAUCUUUCCACAACCUUCAGGAACUGAGACACAGCGCAUCUCUGGCCAACAAGGUCUUCAUUCAGAGAGACUACACCGAUGGCACCGUCUGCAAGUUCCAGACCAAGUUCCCCUCCGAGUUAGACAGCAGGAUCGAGCGGACGCUGUUUGAGGACACGGUGAAGACGCUGAAUACCUACUAUGCAGAGGCGGAGAAGAUCGGAGGCCAGUCCUACAUAGAAGGAUGUCUGGCCUGCCUUACAGUUUACCUCAUAUUCCUGUGCAUCGAGACGCGCUACGAGAAGGUGCUGAAGAAGAUCUCGCGCUACAUUCAGGAGCAGAAUGAGAAAGUUUACGCUCCUCGCGGUCUCCUCAUCACAGACCCAAUAGAGAGAGGCAUGAGGGUCAUUGAGAUCAGUGUGUACGAGGAUCGCGGAUCAAGCGGUUCCAGCUCAGGAAGUAGCACAACCAGCAGCAGUGGACGAUGAUUUAUACAUGAACACCAUAACAUACACACAUACUCACUCACUCGCCCACGUGUGACGCCUUCAUACUGACACCCGCUGAACACACACACACAGACACAUACAUACACGCUGACUGUUCAGCAUCGCCAAACAAACACCUAACUUGACCUGCCUCCACAAGACACAUGAGCUGACUCGUCAUUACCUCAGUCACCUUCCAGCACCUUCACAAACCUGCAGUCGUUGCACAUUCUUGAGUCGCUAGCUAUGGAAGCUUGUUUCUGCUACUGAGUCAUACAAAUGAAAAAUGAUAAAUUAGGCGGAAUGUAAAGUCAGAUUUAUAAGAAAAAGUCAGAAUUCUGAGGUAAAAAAACCUCUGAAUUUCAAGAAAAAGUCAGAAUUCUGAGGUAAAAAACUCUGAAUUUCAAGAAAAAGUCAAAAUUCUGAGUUAAAAAAAAUGAAUUUCAAGAAAAAGUCAGAAUUCUGAGGUAAAAAACUGAAUUUCAAGAAAAAGUCAGAAUUCUGAGGUAAAAAAAACUCUGAAUUUCAAGAAAAAGUCAGAAUUCUGAGGUAA